AUGCCCCUCCUCAAGUCAGAUCCCAUCGUAAUCGUCGGCGCGGGUGCCUUCGGUCUCUCAACAGCCUUACGUCUUCUCGAGGCUCGCUUCAUCAACAUUACAGUGUUAGAAAAGGAUGACACUCUUCCGUCAAGGUUCUCAGCCGCCAACGACCUGAACAAGAUAAUUCGAGCCGAGUACGAGGACCCUUUCUACACAAAGCUCACACUGGAAGCGAUUCGCGCCUGGCAAACUCCCCUUUUCGCACCUCACUUCCACCAGACCGGCUUCCUGCACUGCGUCUCAGGCAGUGCGCCAGAAAGGGCCGCAGCGACUCUAGCCCGCUUCCACGACUCGGCCAAGCGGGAUCCGUGGAUCGAGAAGCACGUGGUCCCCAUCGAAGGACCGGAAGAUAUCCGCCAGCACACCUGGCAGUAUAAUGACGGCCCGCUCACAGGUUGGCGGGGAUAUCUCAACCGUCUCGGCGGCUACGCCCACUCAGCCAACGCGCUGCUAGGCGUGUAUCGAUUCCUCCGCGAGCGAGGCGUAAAGUUCUACACAGGCGACCGCGGCGCCGUGACGGAAAUCAUCUACAACGAGCCCUCCAACCCAACUACCCCGCGGAAGAGCACCGGGGCCAGGACGAAGACAGGCGACUUCCCCGCCAAGCUCGUCAUCGUUGCCGCAGGCGCGGCUGCCGGCCCGCCUCGUCCCAGAAUGCGGUCAGCACGUCGUCGCCAAAUCAUGGUUCGCCGUCUGCUUGCGCAGACGCUGCCGGCUCUUGCUGAUAGGCCGCUUAUCAAACAGUCUCUGUGCUGGUUUGCUGAUACCAACGACUCGGACUUUAUCAUCGACUAUGUACCCAACACGGAUUCAACAGUGUUGCUCAUGUCGGGUGACUCUGGCCAUGGGUUCAAGAUGUUUCCCAUUGUUGGCAACUGGGUCAGGGAUAUGCUCCUCGCCACCGAUGGCAAGCAGCCUAUCUCGAAGUUCAGGUGGAAGGCCCCGGUUUCGACUGGAGGCAAGGACUGGGGCGGUGCAGUGAGCUGGCGCUUGGGAGCUACCAAAGAGUUGAAGGACCUGACGAACCCUAAGAGCUCCAAAUUGUAG